AUGUUUAAGAAAGAACCUCAAGUCAAGCAUUCAGCGAAUAUCAAAUCUUCUGAAAGGAGACGAUUGCUUGGUGCAAUUUGCAAAGAGUACCGUCUCCCUCAAGAAGAAAUUACGAAGGAAUGUGAAUUGAAUCUUCUACCCGCAAUCACUAAGCAAGCUAGUUUUAAGAGCCCUCUUGGAUUUACGGGAAUAAUUUACUUCAAUGAGCAAGAAGUUCCGUUGUGGUUUAAAACAAGAGACUCUCAGAUUUAUCCGACUUUAUAUACGCUAUGGAAAUGUGCUUUCUUGUUACCAACAGUCAGGACACAUGCUCCAGUUAUCAAGGUGUUGACCAAUGGUGCUGAUUUGAUGUUGCCUGGAACGAUUCCUCCCUUUGACUCGAGAUGUACUAAGGGAGCAAUUGUUGGUGUGGUAGAUUACAAGCAUCCAACCGUCAUUCAGGCCAUUGGAAGGUGUAACUUGAAUUUAACUCAAUUCGAUAAUGUUGUUGGUAGAUCAGGAGUAGCAGUAGAGAUUAUACAUUGCAAACUGGAUAGUUUAUUUACUUUGAAUGACUUGGUAGACAUUUCCGAGCCAGAGGAAGUAGAUACGAAUAUCCCAUUGAAAGAAGUUGUAACGGGCCCUUCUAUAGAUGAUGCAGAUAAAGAGACAGUUGUUCCUUCCACUAUAGAGAGUUCAGAUGAUGAAGGUAUAAAUCCACAUACUGAUGAGCAAUCACCCAAGGUUUUUGAAUCGAAAGAUGUUGAAAACGUUGCUGAAGAGUUGUCUGACUUGUCAGUCGAAGAUGUUGAUAACUUUUUUGUGAGAGCAUUAUUGCAAACCCUAAAAUUGGAGACUUUUGAAUUGCCAAUAUCAUCAUCUCAAUUCAUGUCUUUAUACAUUUUCAAAAACUUUCCAAUGAUGAACCCAAAUUAUUGUAACAUAAAGAAAACAUCGUGGAAAAAAACUGCUAAAUUUUUGAAAGCAAUGGACAAGUUGGGUUACAUCUCAGUUAAAGGGAAGGCUGAUGAUUUGACCAUAGUAGGAUUAAUGAAAAAGAAUGAUCCAGUAAUUCAGGGCUUUAAUACACAUAGAACAAUGAGCUCGAGACCAACUUCUUCCACUUCGAAGCCUCCAACCGAGCCAAAGGGUGCAAACGAUCUUUCUAUAAUUUAUCUCUAUCGACCCACUAAAAAGUCAAGGAUGUUUUUUAAUAUAGUUGAUGCAAAUUUUACUAAUUACUAUCAAGCAAACGAAUUAAGGGCUUUGUUGGACACAUAUAUAAAGAAACAAGGUUUAGUCAAUGUGAAAAUGCCUAGAAACAUCACUGUUGAUGAAAAUUUGCACUCCAUAACGAACUUGAAUAUCGGCACGGUUUCAAGGGAUAAAAUCUUUCUGCCUUUCUUGUCUAGCUUUUCUCAAUAUUACAAGAUUGUUCCGCCUAACUGUUCGUUGGAAGACGCAGAGUUGGCUAAAGGUGCCCCUCGACCCAUUACAAUUAUAUCAGAAGUAAAGAUAGGUAGAAAGGUGGUGACUAGGGUCCAAAACGUGGAGCAGUAUCACAUCAAGCCUACCCUUUUCGCAAAUGAAUUGAAGGUGAAGUGCUCUGGGUCUACAACAGUGGGUCCUUGUGUUCAAGAUCCAAAGGUCAUUGAAGUUGCAGUUCAGGGCCCACAUGGCAAGUUGAUCAUUGAACUUUUGAGGAAUAAGGGAGUACCAACAAACUACAUUAAAUUUGAGGAUAAAACUAAGAAGAAAAAAAGAAGCUGA